CGAUACGAUUCCUUCUUUGAUUUGCAUCAAGUGAAACCAGGAUGAAGGCGGCCGAGUUGUCGCCCCUGAAGCGCAGCGAGCAGGAAUUCCUGCAGCAGACAGCGCGCCAACGCAUCACCACCUACGAUGGCCAUACUUGGGAAUACUACGAUUCGGGUAGGCUGAGUGAUGCGAACUCUGGUAGACCACCGCUGGUGUGCCUUCCCGGAACAAGUGGUGCCGCACUAUGUUUUCAUUUGCAGUUGCGAGAGCUGGGGGCAAAAGGGUUCCGCGUUCUGGCAAUCCAACACCCAAUUGUUUGGACGCAUGAGGAGUGGAUUCAAAGCUUCGACAGGUUCCUCAACGCGAUGAAUUUGCCUGAGGUUCACGUGUAUGCUGUGUCACUUGGCGCGUACUUGAUCCAGCGCUAUAUGUCUCACUAUCCGCAACGCGUCGCGUCCUUAGCUAUGACGCAAGGGUUUUGUGAUACCCAAGUGUACGGAGCUAACGGACCAUGCAUUAAGAUGCUGCCUUACAUGCCAGACUUUUACGUGAGAAAAUAUAUACUCGAGCGCUUUCCGAAGCGUAUUCCUAACAAGGAUGCGCAGAACCAUGCAAUGGAAUACAUGAUGAGUCAGCUUGGGACUCUGUCCCAACAGGAAAUCGCCUCGCGCUUGACCCUCAAUUGCCUCUCUUGCGAUCCUGAGAGCUGGAAAGUUUCCUUGCCGGACGCUAAAAUCACGCUUAUUGACAGCUACGAAGAUACCAGCCUCCCUACAAGUCUCAAAGACCAAGUCGGUUACCGAUACCCCCGCGCCAAACAGGUUGAUAAUUUCUUUCUUGGCGUCCUAAACCAUUUCACUUACAUGCACUUUAACAUCGCGUUUCGACAAUUCAUUAAAUAUCUUGUAGGCAUUGAUCAAAAAUGGAGGUGAUUUUCCGUACCUCUCGCACCACGAAGAGGUCACUAUGCACCUUCAAGUGCAUCUGCGAGCCAACGGUGUCUUCAUUGCGUGAAGUGACCUAGUUAACCUCGGGUACUUGUUGAACAGUUUGUCGUUCUUAACAACAUCUAUUUACAACCAAUCAAAACGCGUUCAUCAAAUCCAAA